AUAAAAUUUAUAAUAGUAAGGGAGUAUAUGCUACCUUCGAAAAAUCUUUUGAGGAGCAAGAUAUUACAGUAAAUGGUAUAAAAGACUUAACAGAGAAUCAACUAAUUGAAUUAGGUGUAUCUACAGUUAGAAAGCGA